UCCACGUGUUACAAAGAUUCUGGGGAAAUUACUUAGACCGUAGGGUCGUGGUCCGGGCAGAUGUGAGUACACUUGUCUAUGCUACUAGUAUAAUAGGCCUAUUCUACAAUUGUAGAUUUGCCAUAAUGUGACUACCCAGUCCAUCAAACUUUACAUGGAAUCCUCUUCCUACGGUGACAGUAUGUAGUUGCGGCUGAGGACUUCUAAACGAUUAAUUUCGGCUGGAAAGAGAAUAAUAUUUAAAUAGAGGAGAAACAGAAUUCCCUGUGGCUCUAUCCACAGCAUUCUUGCACACAGAUUUAUCUAACAACUUAUCACCUGAUGUAGUUCCUUUGGGAAAAAACAUUUUUUCACAACGGUAGAUAACUUGGUUAAACGGAGCAAUUUUUUCCGGAUUUUUGCGUCACGUUAUAGUAAUAGGUUAAAACUCAGGCACUGAUUACUCAGCGUUUCCAGUAGAAUUAGUCGCUGAUAUAAACGUUGAAGAUAAUAACAGCCACAUCACCAAAUGUGUCUACAUUUACACAAAUUAGAAACGUAUUUAGCGAUAGGCAAUAGGGAUUGUCCUAAGUGUCUGGAUUUUGAAUACUAGAUGGCUGCAUUCAGCCCGAGUUUCUAUCAAUUUCCUUGAUCAGUUGAUCUAGUAGGACUAAAAUGUCCUUAGGCUUGAAAGACUUUUGUUAACUUUCACUCUUGAGCGUCGUAAAGUGUCUCCAAAAUGGAAGGUUUGUGGGGUUUACUAAAUAAUUAUGUUCCUGUCCCGGAUGUAUGUCUCGUGAGGUUCUUUUGAGUUAUUUUUUAAUCAAGAUGCUCUUCGAGAGCAUAUUUCCAACACUAUUCACAUGUAUUUUUCGAACAUAAGUGAAUAAUUGAGUGGUGAGGGAUUCUCCACUUUUUUGGCACUAUAAAAAAUAACGCAGAGUCUCAGCUAAUUUAAACAUCAAAAACUCUUGAUAUGGGUGAGAAUUGUAAGGUUUAUCAUCAGAAAAAUUAAGUAUAAGGCACUUCCUCACAGUAUUGUUAUAUUUCUCGUCUUAAAAGUUGUAGGAAAGGUUUGAACAAUUUUCCAGGCUGACUUUAAGAGGAUUAUCACAAGCCAUUGUUCUCCACCCCAUGUUUUUUAAAACUUUUAAAGUUGAGAGUGUUCAGGCCUGGGUGUCUUGUUACUGGGAUGUCCUUACGACUUUUUUGGUGACCGUUUUGUUGAUCUUGCGAUCAGAUGUUUGGGUAUAGGUUAACAACAAAAAGCUUAUGAUUAUCACGUAAAGAGAUGAUGUGCAUUAUCUUUUGCUAAUAUUUACACCAUUUGGAUUGAGGUGUACUAGUUUUGGUCUAGGUUAACUUGAACCGUAAAUCUCAGUUCUUCAGUUCGCUUUCAUUCAUAACGUAAAUGCAGCUUAAAGACUCACGUAUGCUUAUAGUGUUACCUUGUAGAAAUGUAAACUUCAAUAACUUCACGAAUAUCAAAGCAAACUGGUCCUUAUGAGUUCUCUGCUCGAUUGAACGAUCGUUAUGCAUCCAUGGUGGUAUAAAUAAUGAUAAACCAGAUACUUGUUUAUGGCGUAACUGACAACUCUAAAAAAGCGACUACAAUUUAAGCAGUUUUUAGAACACCAACAAAAUUCUCAUCAAUUAGUUGUUACCAUCAAAAUAUAACUAUAGUCUCAUUAUUUCGACCAGAUAUUAGCCUAAAUAUUCAUGUAUAUGACCAUAUUUACUUAAUAAGGAGUAUAAAACUAGUUAUGCUAAUUCAUCUGAGUAACUGCAGUUCUAAACAUCAAUGGGGAAAUCCAAACAACCAAUACAAAUGAAUUAAAGUUCAUUUCACAAGUCAGUGGGUAUUUUAACUCAGUGGCUAAGUGGAUGACGCGAUGUUGAUUAAAGCGAACGAUACUUGGUGAACAUCAAUCCUGGCAUAUGGCAGAUACGUUCAUCUGACACCGGAUUCUACUACUAGCCACCACCCAUUUCUGCUUAUAAUGGUAGUUGUAUUGUAUAUCAUUGAAUAUAUAUAUAUCAGUGAAUUUAUACUCUUUUGAUAUGUAGAUGAUUUCGCAUCACAGAGUGUACAACUUCUUUAUCUUAUGAGUUUUAUAGAUAUUCCAAUCUAGUGGUGCGUAUAUAUUUUGAUGCCCCUUUGUACCAAUGUUUAGAUAAAUAAAAUAGAUAUAUAUUAAUGUCCCUCUCUGUCAUAAUAAAACGUAAGACUUAUAUAUUUGUCAAGCCAUGUGUUUUGAACCAAUGUUGUUCACGGGUUAAGCAGUUUACCAUUUUUUUAAUAUCUAUCUGUAGAUUAAAUUUCUACCAAAUAAAUGAGCAUCAAACCAUGUCUACGUUGAGUGAGCAGAUUUCUAUACAAGAAGCUGUUCAAAACGAAUUGCAACAAACUGUUUUCUCACAGCCUAUAUACGAACGUUUUAGUGGCAAUAUCUUUUUUCCUGUUUCUCGUACAAAUGUUUUAAUCCAAUGUAAAGAAAAACUUUUAAAACUGAGUAAAAAUUCAUCCGAAUUAAAAACGGACAAGGACUAA